UGCAACAGCUGCAUAAUCCCUUACACUGGCCUGCCCACCUGGUCGAGGCUCGGUUUCAUUUUGAGGAAUGCUGCUCCUGACUUGCUGCCUUGCAGAUCUCCGUACAUGCGUACUGCCCGCACAGUGUUGUCUACUCCAGAGUUGCAGAGUCAUGUUGAUGCAGAGAUUCCUCCUCCCCAACACCACCAACAUAACCACAGCGUUUGGACGUCGCAGAGGAGCAGCAGCACUCACAGCUCCGCGUUUUUUAGUCUGACUGAGCCUGAGACGCGUCUCUCGGCUUCCUCGCUGGACGGAAAGAGCUUGAGCCAACGACCGGGUUUGGUCGGUUGGUUGGUUGGUUGGUUGUGCGUAAAGUCAGCGAAGUGUUCCGCGGUCGUGUGUUCCCGUGUGAUCGUGGAGUUGUAAAAGCUGCCGUUGAAAGCGUUGCUGCUUUAGGACAAGCUGCACAACAGACGGGGUAAGAGAGAUCCAUGCCAGGAUACGUUUUAUCUUACACUCAUUUGCCAGCCACUUCCUCUUCCCCCUGUGGAGCACUAGAUUGAGGAGGACACUCAGAAGUUUUAGAAUGGAUUUCUUUCAAAACCCUGAAUCCUGUGAAAUGUGGACCAACAGCAAGUUAAUGAUCAUGACUUGACUCAGUUUGGGAACUUUCUGAUCCUGAUUCAGAGGCUGUCAGUCAUGUUGGAGCCUGGACUUGUUGGUGAGGGACCAGUCUUCAAUUUUGCUUACCCGCCAUAUUUGAGCAGAGUAACAUCUGAGCUGAACAUAUUUCACUUAGCAUCUGGCUUUUUCUCUGGACCGCUGGACUGCUUGCUCUGCCUGCUGACUGUGGCUGGGAUCACCAAUGGAUAGAUGGAUUACACUGUCCACGUUGUUCACUAAUUUCUUGGGACAUGUCAACAUACUGAAUGAAUUUUUGUGUUAAAUAUGAAAAUGGGGGGACUAAGGAUAUCUGCUCACUGGAGCCUUUAUGUUGAUGAACUAAAGACCAAAGGAAUUUCUUUUGUUUAAAGUCUAACCCCAAUGGGAUAAGAACCAAAAACUUUAACAGACUGUAAGACUGAACGGGUAAUUAUUAAAUAAAUAAAAAAUCUGGAAUUCUCCCAGAAUGCAAUGCCCUAUGAGGAAGAAACGUCCCACAUGUGACUCUGAUUUCACGGCUAUCGCGGUCCCCUCCAUGCAUGGGUCGGGGUAUCUCGACUACACGGUGGAGACCCACGCUUCCAGAUCCUUCAAGGUCAUGGAGGAAUUCAGACAGCAGGAGAUGUUGUGUGACCUGGUGCUGCAUGUUACAUACAAGGACAAGUCGGUCGACUUUAAGGUGCACAAGGUGGUCCUGGCCUCCUGCAGCCCCUACUUCAGAGCCAUGUUCACCAGCAGCUUCAGAGAGUGUUACGCCCCAGAGGUCACACUGCGCGAUGUCUGCCCCCAGGUGGUGGGAAGACUGAUAGACUUUGCCUACACCUCCCACAUCACAGUGGGAGAGAAAUUUGUGCUGCACCUUCUCUUGGCUGCUAUGAGGUUUCAGAUGGAGGAUGUGGCCAAAGCGUGCUGCGAUUUCCUCAUCAAGCAGCUGGUGCCUUCUAACGUCAUCGGCAUCGCCCGUUUCGCGGAGGACAUCGGCUGCACAGAGCUGCACCAGCGCAGCCGAGAGUUUAUCAAUACACACUUCAAUGAGGUGACUAAAGAAGAUGAGUUCUUCAGCCUCUCUCACUGCCAGCUGCUGGAGCUCAUUAGUCAGGACAGUCUCAAGGUGCUUUGUGAGUCUGAGGUGUAUAAGGCCUGCACUGACUGGGUCCGCUGGGACAUGGAGGGUAGAUCCCAGUACCUACAUGCCCUCCUGAAUGCGGUUCACAUCUACGCUCUGCCUCCUAAGUUCCUAAAGAACCAGCUCCUGUCCUGCCCCAUCCUCAGCAAGGCCAAUUCCUGUAAGGACUUCCUGUCUAAAAUCUUCCAGGAUAUGACAUUGAGGAAGCUGCCCCCUGCACCUAACCGUGGAACCCAACUCAUCUAUGUGGCUGGAGGAUAUCAGGAGCAUUCACUGGCUUCCAUGGAGGCUUAUGAUCCCAGGAGGAAUGUCUGGCUAAAGCUGGCUGACAUGGGCUCUCCAUGUAGUGGUCUGGGAGCCUGUGCACUGUUUGGACUGCUCUACACAGUUGGAGGCAGGAACCUGUCGCUUCAAACCAACAUGGAGUCCAGCGCCCUUUGCUGCUACAACCCGAUGACCAACCAGUGGAGCCAGCGAGUCUCCCUCAACGUCCCCAGGAACAGGGUUGGGGUGGGUGUGGUGGACGGCUGCAUCUAUGCUGUAGGCGGCUCCCAGGGCUCCACACACCACAGCACAGUGGAGAGGUGGGAUCCAGAGUCUAAUCGCUGGUCCUUUGUUUGCCCGAUGUCGGUGGCUCGUCUGGGUGCUGGAGUGACAGCAUGUGGGGGAGCUCUGUAUGUGGUGGGUGGAUAUGAUGGGCAGACCCGCUGGAACACUGCUGAGAAAUACCAGCCUGACACUAACACCUGGCACCAGCUGGCACCCAUGAAUACUAUACGCAGUGGACUGGGGUUGGUGUGUGUGAACUCGUACCUGUACGCCAUAGGAGGGUAUGAUGGGCGGAGCCAGCUGUGUUCUGUGGAGCGCUACAACAUAGCCAGGAACCUGUGGGAACCCAGGGCCUCCAUGCAGUCCUGUCGCAGCGCACAUGGCGUCACAGUCCACCAGGGACGCAUCUUUGUCCUUGGAGGUUUCAACCAGCAAGGCUUCCUGUCCAGCGUCGAGUGUUACUCCCCAGAGAAAAACGAAUGGACGUGUGUCACCAACAUGCCUGUCGGACGCAGCGGCAUGGGCGUCGCUGUCACCAUGGAGCCGUGUCCCGGCAGCCUGCCAGAGCUGGAGGAGGACGAGGACGGAGCCGCGUAGCAUGAGGACGAGGGCCGUUCAUGACCCUGUUGUUGAAUAUAUUUGUAAGUGUUGCUGCUUUUCAAGAGAGGGUUAAGUGCAUUAAAAUAAACAAGACAUUCCAAUAAGAAAACUCCUCACGUUCCCAAGCGCUAAUGGACCUUGUUUGUAUCACAACGUGGAGGGCUGAAUAGUUUGUUUGGAGAUGCUGAAGAAGAAGAAGAAGAAGAAGAAGAAUUGUAUUGCGACAUCUCCGAGGCGAACAUGUGGUGCAGGAAGCCGGUAGCAUUACAGUGACCUCGCAGUGAACAAGGUGCUACAGAUUUAAUCACGAAUUAUGGUACUAUUUAAUUGAACAAUAUUGUUGCAUGGCAAGUUUUUAAUCUCAGUGUUCAAUGUUAUUUGUAAAUUUUGAAAGUCUGAAAGGCCUUCAACGUCCUAAUUUCUAAUUCCUCUCUUUGUGUUGUAUCUCUACCUCUGACUGUGUCUAGAUGAGAACUUUCUGUAUUUUGUGCCAAUAUAGUUUCACCCAUAUUUUAUUUUCUUGUGCAUUCACUAUAUUGUAUGUUAUGUCUCUGAAAAUUAAGUUAAUCAAGUGAGUGAAUGAUAAAUACAUACACACCUUAUGUUCAUCUUUGUAAUUCACAUUUUUCUCGUGCACUGAUGUUAGUAAAGACAAAUGUGUUUUUGCUGA